AUGGAUGGGAUUUUGCUCUUGCUGCUUGUCUUGUUCUUCUAUGACAAUCGUUUCACUUCCGUUGAUCAAGUUUUGGACAAAAUGGAUGAAGACGAUGAAAGUCCACUUCUUCCACCUCAACAAUAUAUCGUCAACACUGACUCCGGGGUUGAGGCUAAUGGAGAAACAAAAUCAGAACGGACAUGUAAAUCUUCGUUAAGAUGGGGUCACUAUUUGAUGGGACCUUGUCUGACUAUACACUUAUACUCAUUUCUUUACAGCAACAUGGUCAUCGAACAAUACGUGUACUCUUAUCUCGGCAAACAAAAGUAUCCAGACUCAUCUUUCCUUAACAAUAACGGUGACUCCCAGUGUAACACCAACAAGACAUCACAGGCAUACAUCGAACGUACUGAUGUACAAAAGAUGACUAGUGAUUGGCUCAUUUUAUCAUCGUUGUUCGCAUGCAUGCCAGCUAUAUUAACAGAUGUUGUAAUGGGAUCGUUUAGUGAUAGAUACGGAAGGAAGCUCUUCGUUAUUAUUUCCUUGAUUGGAACUUUUCUGAAAACUGUUUUGAUCGCAAUGGGAAUGAGCACAGCUAUCAGUUUGAACUAUUUCUUUUUGUUUGUUGGGAUAGAAGGGUUGACAGGGGGAUGGUGUUUGGUAUUAUCUCUGGGAUAUGCCUACGUGUCCGACUUAUCUUCCACCGACAAAACACGCACCUUCGGUUUCACUCUCGUGGAGAUCUCGGUUGGAUUCGGUUUGGUGUUUUCUGGAGUUACUUCUGGUUAUUUGAUUAAAGACGUUGGAUUUGUGUAUUCAAUGAUAGUUAUAUCAACCCUGAAUGCAUUGAAUUUGAUUACAGUAUUACUUUUCCUCCCUGAAUCUUUACAACACUCAAUGCGCUCAACAACAAACAUUUUGAAUCUGAUGAAAAACGCGUUUACAUUUUACACGCACGAUACGUCAUCAGAAGGUAAAAGAUGGAAGUAUAUUGUACUUUCGCUGGGCUAUGUUGCUUACACCAUGUCUAUUGUUGGUAGACAGAGCGUAGAAGAGUUGUAUCAGCUGAAUGUCCCAUUUUGUUGGAAUUCUAUUUUAAUAGGAUGGUACUCAAGCAUAAAUGACGUAGUGCGCAACGUCAUCGGUCUUAGUUCUAUAAAACUUUUCCAGCGCUGUCUCCCUGAUGAAAUUAUUGUCAUUGUCAGCGUUAUGUCCAGCAUAGUUAGCUAUGUCACAGAGGCUUUGGCAGUCAAUGAUGUAAUGCUGAUGUUCGUUCCAAUACUGGGAAUAUUUUGUUAUUUAUGCAGUCCAGUGAUCCGGUCAAUAUUGUCCAAAAUGACACCUCCAGAUAGACAAGGUGCGUUAUUUUCUGGAACAGCAGUAAUACAGUCUGUAUGUACUGUGGCGGCGGAAGUGUCGUCAAAGUCGAUAUAUACAGCAACUGUUAGCAGCUUCCGUGGGUUCGUGUUUCUGGAAUUCGGUGGAUAUAGUGUAAUAAUGCUAAUUCUUUUUAUAUGUUUCAUGGUUGUAUCUAAAAUGACAACGAAGGGAAAUAUCACCACAAAUUGA